AUGGACAAGCAUAAUGAACAAAGGAAUGGUAAUUAUGUUGCAAACUUUCCUGCUCCUGCACCGUCUGGCGCGUAUCCAACGCAGUCGGCCACUUUCAAUAUCUUGUCAUUUGGAGCUAAGGGUAAUGGAGUUUCUGAUGAUUCCAAGGUCAAUGUUUUAACCAAACAGGCACUUUUAGCAGCCUGGAAAAGUGCUUGCAAAGUGACUGGAGCUGUAGUAGAAAUUCCUUCAGAAUUUAAGUUUCUCAUCAAACCCAUAACACUUCAAGGUCCCUGCAUGACACGCCUAGUUUUUCAGAUUGAUGGGACUAUUUUGGCCCCUCCGAAUGUCGGUUCAUGGCCAAAAUCCAGUUUGUAUCAGUGGAUAAACUUCAAAUGGCUAUAUAAUUUUACCAUCCAAGGUACAGGUAUAGUUGAUGGGCAAGGUUCUAAUUGGUGGAGUUCUUCACAAAUAAUUCCCUUGAAGAAGAAGAGAUCCAAGAUUAUUCCAGACAUGAAACCGACUGCUUUAAGAUUCUAUGCUAGCUACAAUGUCACUGUUCGCGAUAUUAGAAUCGUAAAUAGUCCUCUUUGUCACUUAAAAUUCGACAACUCUGAAGGAGUGAAGAUCAAUAAUAUUACAAUUUCUGCACCUGAAACUAGCCCAAACACUGAUGGGGUUCACCUGCAGAACACCAAAGACGUAGAAAUCCAGCAUUCCAACAUUGCAUGUGGAGAUGAUUGUGUAUCAAUACAAACUGGCUGCUCCAACGUUCAUAUCCAUCAUAUUGGCUGUGGCCCUGGACAUGGAAUAAGUUUAGGAGGACUAGGGAAAGACAAGAGUGUUGCAUGUGUCUCAAAUAUCAAAGUUGAAAACAUUGUCAUGGCAAACACUCUUUAUGGCGCAAGGAUCAAGACAUGGCAGGGUGGUCUUGGAUCAGUAAAAAACGUGACAUUUUCCAACAUACAACUCUCAGAAGUUCAGGUCCCAAUAAUGAUUGAUCAAUACUACUGUGACAAGAACAUAUGCAAGAAUCAAACAGGAGCAGUGGCAGUUUCAGGAGUCAAAUUCGAUCAAAUAAUAGGAACUUAUUCUGCGCAACCAAUUCAUUUAGCCUGCAGUAAUUCCGUUCCAUGCAUCGAUGUUGAUCUAAUUGAUAUCCAAUUAAAACCCUCUCCAGGAUGUGCAGGAAUCCAGCAGGCAUUGUGCUGGAAUUCAUAUGGAAAAUCACAGGCACCCCUUGUUCCGUCAAGCAUGGAUUACUGUGUGAAAAGUGGAAAUGACUUGGUAAGAAGAAUAUCAAGAGCAUAUGAAGAUAGAUGUUGA